AUGGCGGCCCAGACACCAGUUCCUGGGUGUCCUCGCCAUAAAGGAAUGGGGUUUGUUUAUGUGUGUAAAUCGUGUGAGGACGAGUUAAUUUGUAUGGACUGUGUUACAGACAGUCACUACGGUCAUAAGAUGGGUAAACUGACUGAUUACGUGGCGGACCAGAAACGUGAGAUACAGCAGUAUGUUGACAAGCUUUCCAGAACCGACAUUCCUAAAAUCAAGGAGGAUAUUCGUGAACAGGAGACGAGCGGUGGAGGAUAUCAGAAACUUAUCAGUGACAUUAAACGUCAGGGGGAAAAGAUGAAACACAACAUCGAUAACGCCAUUGACUUGAUUGUGAAGAUGUGUACCGAGCUAGAGAAACUGAAUAAAAGUGUUUCUGAGAAAAACAAAACUACACUAACCAAACAUCUGAGGGAGGACCUGGAGCCAAAACUGGACAGAUGCCAGCAGGUACUGACAUCCGGUACAACCGUUGACGUCACUACAUUAGCGCAGGAAAUCAGGAAUACCUCAUUUGACCCUCCCUCUCCUCGACGUUUGCAGACAGUGGAGUUCAAACCCGGGACCAUCUCCACCGAACUUCUGGAACGCAUGCUUGGUAAGGUACUCGUCGACGGAGAAGAUCAGUCGUACAAACCGAUUCCGACACCUGUGGUUCUGUCCGAGUUUACGACGUCGUUUCCUUACGAUGUAUGUCGUACAUGUCUUACUGGUGACGAGGCAUGGUUAUCGUUCUGGAAAGGUGAAAGUGUGUAUCGGGUUGACAUAAAAGGCAGUGUAAAGGAGACGAUCGACUGUAAGGUCAAAGUCAAUUCGAUAUCCGUAUCCCCGACCACGGGUAGGGUGUGGUUCUGUGUGUGUGAUGACCGAAGUAUCCGGGAAAUCACGACGGGUGGUGACGUCGUUACACACUUUAACGUUAACAACACACCAUAUUCUCUGUGUAUCACUAGUGAUGACAUGGUGGUGGUGGGGAUGGAUGGAGGAAUACAACUGUACACUACAGACGGCCGGGCAGUGUCAGCUGGAGCGGGUGGUCCUUGUCGACAGGUGGCAGUAGACCCUCAUCACAUGGCGUCUAGUUCUCUGACCGGGGAUGUAGCUGCUGUUGAUGGGGAUGAUGUAGAUAAUGAUGACUACAUCGCUGGUAAGAAACCAGACAAACAGCCUCACGUCAUCGUGAUGGAUAAACACCUAAACCUGAAGUUUCGCUGUAAAGACAUUGGUACAACUAAAUCAAACAAAAGUUCAAGUCAGUCAUCAAAGUUUUACCCGUACGAUGUUUGUUUUGAUGGAGCUGGUGAUGUCCUCGUAACGGAAUUGAUCACCAAGUCGGUACUACUGAUUGACGGGAAUACUGGACGCUGUAUGAGGACUGUUUAUACAACCGAUGGAAGUGAACCAAUGUGUAUCAGUCUACACGAGGACGGUACCCUCUGGGUCGGACACAGGGCAGAAGAACGAAAAUACUCAAAUAUAAAUAGACAUAACACGUGUAUCCCCGUAUUGAACAAUGCAUCAUUACUCCCCUACACAGAGUGUCCUUCGAAUACUGUGGAUAUAAUAAUAAGGUGA